CCCCAGUUGCCUAGGUGACGAGGGGCCGCUUCUUUCGGCCGAGAUUGCGGCGAUGUCGCAGGGGACGACUCCCUGGGGGCCGACCCCGGCAGGGCCGACCCCGGCGGGAACCACGCCCGAAUCGGAGGUACACCGUCCCUUUCCCUUCCCGGUACCGGUGCCGGUACCAGCGACCUCCGAGCAUUCAUUCCCAGUCCGCGGAGUCCGCGGCCGAGCCAAAUCCGGUCUCCGAAGAGGCGCCGCACGUCUGGCCCCGGCUGAGAGACACUGAAUUCCAGGAGCAUGAAAAGAUUCUGUCUCCGGAUUUUCUUUCAGUUGCCCAAAUCACUGAUUUGUUAACGGAGGACAUCGAUGGAGUUCAAGAAAAACUGAGAAUAUUUUUGAAUUUCAAAAACCUUGAAACUUGUUUAAAGGAUGCCAUUCUACUAGAUUAUUAUGUAUCUGGAUUUUUGUGGGCUAGAGGAAUGGAUUUCUCUAUUAUUCAAUAUUCAAAAUUUAUGACUUUACUAGCUAUGUUACUUCAAAAUCUUAAAACACUACAUAUGUCCUUAGAGGAAAGCAUAAAAUGGCUUGGAGAAGUUAUGGCUGAAAUAGGACCAACACAUUCGCAAAAGAGUGAGGACUGGAAUAUCUUUGAUGUAAAACAAGCCAAUGCUAUCAUUGAUUACUUAAAAAUCAGCUUAUUUCAACACUACAAGCUAUACGAGUUUAUGUUCUACUCUGCCAGGGAAGAAAUUGUGAUAGGAACUGAGCAAGUGAUAGAGGUUGUCAAGUCUGCAUGUGGCCCUUUCCCAAAUCCUCUGGAAGAAGGAAUCUCAUUUGAUAUUUAUUCACCAUUCAUAGAGCCCCCCACAAUACUGGAUACGGAAAUGAAGAGGGUGGAUCAAGAACAAGGCCCUGAAGAGUCUCAGCCAGAAACUGACACCUCAGACAUGGAUCCUUUAGUUGGUUUCACCAUUGAAGAUGUAAAAUCAGUGCUGGAUCAAGUCACAGACGACAUUUUAAUCGGCAUUCAGACCGAGAUAAACGAAAAACUGCAAAUACAGGAAGAGGUCUUUAAUGCACGAAUAGAAAAAUUGAAAAAGGCCUAAGGACUCGGUACAAGGAGAGUGAUGCUAAACUUCACAGAAACAAACAAAACCAGCCAGAAUAAUAGACCCUCUGGAGCGUCGUGUCUCCAUCACCUAGUUGUGAAAGGAAAACCAAGCCCCACUUUUUAUUUUCCUAAGUAAUUAGAAAAGUAUUGGUCCCAAUUUUGCUAUCUCCCAUCCCAUAACAGCCUCUGAAUUUAUUGCACCAAGUGUAAUGAGAACAUUUUGUAUACAAGAGUUUGGAGAAUUAUAUAUAAAAAUACAAUUACUUUUAUGAUAGUCCUUUGACGUUUUGACUAAUAAAUGCUAUUCAUCUUCAA